AUGCCGCAUCCUUCGCAGUUCAAGCGCCCAGCUGGCAAGAAGGGCCCGCGCCAGGUGACGGGCAAACGGCAGCCCAAGAUCACUCUCCGCCCCGCUCCCGCACGCGACCCUGCCGCUCCAACCGCCGACAAGGGCAAGCGACGCGCCGAUAAAGCAGAGGAGGAGGAUGAGGGAGCGGAGGAGGAGGACCAGCCGCGCUACGGGUACCGCGAGUCGCUGCGGGGCGAGGCGAAACCUCUCGAGGGUCUGCGGAUCUCGGUCAGCGGCUGCUCGGGGCAGAAGGAGGACUUGUGGGCUCUCGCGAUCGAGUACGGCGCCGAACGGCACGGCGGCUUGCAGGAGGACACGACUCACCUGAUUGCGGACGGGCGCGACUCGGCCAAGUACAAGGUCGCCAUACAACGCCGUAUCCAUGUCAUGAAGCCGUCGUGGCUACCGGCCGUCAAGGAAGCGUGGACAAGCGGGGAGGACGUCAACUACCUCGAGCUCGAGCUCCAGCAUGCGAUGCCCAUCCUCGAGGGCGUCAAGGCGUCAUUGACUGGCUUUCCGCAAGGCGAGUACAAGAACGCCCUCAAGGAUCUCCUCCAGCAGCACGGCGCCCAGGUCAUCUCGGGCUUGAACUCCAGCAUCACCCACCUUAUCGUCGCUUCGCCAACCGCGCCUCACUCGCCCACACCGUCAAGCGACAAGCUUCUUCACGCACGCAAGAACCGUGCACGGCUUCAUCCGGAUCUCGCCGUCGUCUGGGAGGGCUGGGCGCGAGAGGCGAUCGAGUACGGCGCGAUUCGUGCGGAGCGUCUGCAGGAAUGGGCGUGGAAGGAGACUGGCAAGGAGCCGGAGAUGAAGCUCGAUUGGCAGGUUGCUGUUGCGCCGCCGCGCUCUCGCUCCACCCGACUUAUCCCCGCAGCCUCGACUUCCGCCUUGCCCAUUCCUCCGCCCGAAUUCUCGCAGCCCACAACCGAUCCCGCCCUUCCUACUCGCCCUUCCCUCGUGCCGUCAGACGUCCCAGGCGCCUCGAAGGCGCGCUCGACCUUCAAGGGUUAUGAUGCGUCGCUCCUCGAAGCGGUCGAAGCUGGUGCCUCGACUUCGGCAGCGCUCGCGCCGGCAGUCCCGACAGCCCACGACCUGUCGAACGGUACAGUGCUGAAGAAGCGCCGACGAGCGGGUCCGUCGGCCGCAGACGCCGCGCUCGACCUUUCCUUGCCCGCCGCCAAUCUCGCGGGAGAUGCCUCGCAGGCGCUCCUGCGAACGUAUACGGGCGGGGCAGGUGAUGCGAGCCGCUUUGCGGAUGCCGAUCUUGGCGAGCUGCCGACGUUUGACGAGAUGCACGCCGGCGCGAGCGGACGACUGGACGACUCUACCGCCGAGAACCAGGAGCUCGCAUACCAGCUCGUGCCGGGUCGCGUCGAGAUGCAGCUCGUUCCGAAGAGCAAGUCGGUUAUUCGAGCCCUGUCGAGUCGACGAGCCGGCUCUUUUGUCGAGGCGGACAAGAGCGGCGCCGAGGCGAAGAAGACGGCGCGGCGGGCGGGAGCUCGCGGUAGCGUUCCGCCCAUUGACGAGUCGACAAGGGAAGAAACAGGCGUUGUGACGGGAGCAGACGACUCGGCGUUCUUCGAUGCGGCCCCGCAAAUCUCGCCGCUCCGCAAGGAAGACCGCACGCCAACCGACUCGUCGGAAGAAGGGACGGUUCCGCCCAUCUUCCACGGCACGAAGCUCGCUCUCAAGGAGCUCAAGGGUCCGAACCCGAAGCUAAUCCAGGGCGUCAUUCAGUCGAGAGGGGGAGAAGCGGUCAUCGAUGCGAGCGAGGACGAGCUGGCGACAGUGGACUGGAUCAUCGUCGACCACGUCGAACCGCCUGCCCGCUUUCUCGCCUCGUCAGAUCCUCGCGUCGUCAGCAUCUGCUGGCUCGAACUGUGCAUCUUCCACGAUACCCUCCUUGCCCCUGCUGAUCGCCUCCUCGAGCGCCCACUCCCGUACCACUGCCCUGUCGAAGGAGCUCGCUCGCUUCGUGUGCACUUCUCCGGCUUCGGGCAAGAAGACGAUCCGGCGAUGCACCACAUCAAGCGCUUCAUGACCGUCAUCGGCGCGACUUUCUCCGUCGCCUUCAAUCGCAAGUCGACGCAUCUCGUCGUCUGCGCCCUUGACGACGACCCCGCCCUACGCCCUGAAGACCUCGACGGUCUGCUCAAUCCGAAGGUUGCGAAGGCGCGCGAAUGGGGAACGCCGAUUUGCUCGCUGCGCGACCUGCGAAAGCGGGUGCUCGAGCUCGCUGAAGAGGCGGACGAGGGCAUGGAGAACCGGCCAGACGUGGCGGUCAAGCAGGACAAGGGCAAGAUGCGCGAGAUCACGAACGAGCUCGAGGACAGAACCAUGUCUGGUCCGCUCAGCGACUGCGUCGUGUUCUUCUCCUCCAAGCUCGACGCGGACCGCCAAGCUCUCGCCUCUUCCGUCGCCAGUCUCGGCGGCACCGUCGCUCGUCAGCAAGCCGAUGCGGUCACGCAUUUUGUCCACGCCGGGACCAAGGCGAACGAGCCAUUCAGGGACUUUAAGCAGGCGAAGGCCAACGGGUCCUUCAUCGUCCACCCUCGCUGGAUCGAGGAGUGUCACAACGCACACGCGCGAGUCUCGGAAGGCGACUUCCCGCAUACGUUCGAUGCCCGCAAAGGGGGCCAGCUCUUCGAUGCCGGCGUUAGCAUCUCGGCCUCUCCGCCUGCCAACGAAGCGCAGUCGGCUCUUUCCGCGUACGUCGCCACUCCGACACGAGCGUCCUCCACGGUACCCGCCGCCCUACGUCGCUCGCCCUCGAAGUCGACGACAACUCCUGCCGGAUCGCCGAAAGCCAGCUUCAUCCCCGCCAAGCGCACUACAAGCGCUCAACAGCUCGAGAUGGAACUUGAAGGCGAGAAUGACGAACAUCGGGCGGCCUCGUCGACGCCGCUGCAGAGGCGGGAGUCCGAUGUCUCGACCGAGGUGGCUGAUGCGGCGGAUCUCGGCGGCUUUGGAGACCAAGGCGGCGACUACCCUUCCCGUCAAGUCGUCGAGCAACCCAGCACGUCCUCGCCCCGCUCGUCCGCUCAGCGCCGCGAUCAAAUCGUCGCAGAAGACGAGCAGGAACCCUCUUCCGACCCUCUCGCUGAGAUCCCUCCGCUGCGAUCCGAGUCCAGGCCGCCAGUCUCGACAACCACCGACGAUCCGGACGCCCAGAAGAAUGUUCUCAAGCAGCAGACAUCGCUGUUGCUCGCUCAGCUUACGGAGGCUGCUCCGCAAGCCGACAAGGUGGGAAGGACGAGGAGCCGCACGGCCUUGACGAGGAAGAAGAGUUCCUCGGGCACAAUAAGCUUGAACACGUCGAAGACGGCUACUCCUGCCAUUACCGACUCGGCCUCGACCUCCGCACGACGCAUCCCCGGCCUCGCCUACCCACUCGACCCGUCGCAGGCGACGCAGGAUCUCGAGAGCAUGCACGUCGUGUACGACAAUCCACACGAAGCCGCCGCUCGCGAACAGAUCCGCCAAGCGCUCGCUCAGCGGUCUGGGCUCGACGCGGCAGAUACACAGGACGCCGUGCAGGAGUCGCCUGGACCGAGGACGAGGCGGUCGGCCAGGAUGUCGGCUGGCAGGCGGUGA